AAACAUAUCUAUUACGUAACAAUUAUCCUUUCACAUCCGAUUACAACACAUGUAUACUGACUAUAAAUUCAAACACCAUUCCUCUUUUGCCCGUCCCGCUGCUGGGCUCAUCUGCAUCCUCGUUUGUCUUUUCUUCUUCACAUCCAAUACAAACCGCACUCUUGGCUCCACAAGGGCGCAAAAUACCUUAAGAAACUAGUUCGGGCUGAGGUAAAUACCACAUUUACUUAGCUCAUACUGUGCCUUGAGGGAAAACAAAGGACUAUUGUCAUUACAAGACAGAUCGUCACAACGUUCUUGCUCACUUUGCAGGUGAAAAGAACACAUUUGCUGACAGCCGCACUGGCGCAGCUCUCAAAUUUUGAGAAUACAUCUGAUGUCCUGACUGGGCUGAGAUACCAUACAUAAGCAUAUAGAAAGAACGCGCUCAAGCUGUUCUCAUAUAACAUUCAAUUUGGAGACUCCACCAUAUUGGAGCACCAUCUUUGAAGAAGUGACAGCCACCUUUGAGGUCGUAGUCCCUAUCAUAAAAUAAGCAGAACAAAAAUGCCUAGAAGGUCUGCUGCUGCAGCGGCACGCGACCGUGUCCGUCAUCCAGAUGACAGGAGAAGGCAAGAAGACAUAAUCGAGCCCAAGCACAACCGGGAAGUGCGCUGGAUCAAGACACAAGUCUCCAAAAUUAACCGACUCAUUGAAGCAUUUCGGGAUUCACGCGGCCGCCCGCUCAGUCGUGAUGGCCGAGAGACAUUGGACUUCGUGAGGAUGAAGCUCUUCCCAUACUUGCGAUUCGACAUGCGCAUAUAUCCAAAACUCAGGGAUUAUCUCAUGCUCGAUAUUAAGCUCCAGGAAGUCAUCGACAACGAUUGCGGGCUCCCCGAGGAUGUGGUGGCUACCGCAGAGCUGCUCUACGAGAAGUUUGAGUCCGAGGGUUGGGGCGACGCCACGGCCAGACCUAGAACAAUCGAAGGCGGGCCGCCGGCGGACCAUCCCAUCUGGGGAAUAGAUGGGAUCAUGCACGGCGCCAUCAUGGUCACGGACGGGAAGAAGAUCCAUUACGAGCUCGACCACCGGUACCGUAACGAGCAGCGAGAUUUCAGGGCAUAUGGCGACAACGGCCUCACUCCCGGCGACUGGUUUCCCAGGGCGGUCAUAGCUGGUUUCAAAGGGGCACAUGCGGGCAAGAUUCGGGGAAUUUGUGGUGACGCCGAUAAAGGUGCUUAUGCCAUUUCCGUGUCUGGGAAGUACGAAGAGGAUCUGGAUCAAGGAGAAGUGCUGUAUUACAGCGGUGAGGGCGCCGACAAAAGCACAAAUCCCAAUGAGUUCCCCCAAAGGGCGACAAACGACUACCUGGUGGCGUCAUGGCAAACACAACGGCCCGUACGCGUUCUGAGGAGUGCUCCAGGAGCCGGACACCAGCACCAUUAUUCGCCGUCUUGCGGUAUAAGAUACGAUGGACUUUACAAGGUGGUAGGCGUUCAGGAACGCCACAACGCAAAGGGCGGCCUGUACCAGCGUUUCAAGCUCCGGCGACUCCCGGGGCAGGAGAAUCUGAAUGAUAUUAUAAGGCGGAGCCCAACUCCGGCCCAGAGACGGGACUUUGAGAAGGUGAAAGAUGGAUACUAG